AAAGAAGGGCUUUUCUCAAUUGCUUUCCGGCGGCUUCUGCGACCCGGUCUCCGACUUGCAACACCAAACAAAUCCCUGCUCCGAUAUCACCAGUCUCACCAUGUCCUCGCCAAUUCUCGGUAUUCCCACCUGGUCGCCGGAAUUUCUCGCCAGAAAACAGAAAAUACCGCACCGCAUUCUUCGAGUUCACCGGGAUCAGCAAGAAUUACUGGAUCGCGAAGAUGCCUGGAAUCCAGAUGGGUUUGCCAACGUACCAGCAGAACUCCUGCAAGAGGUCAAGGCUCAGUACAUCCGCAGUAUCGCACCUCCAACACCUCCACCACGCAAGACUCUCUCCCCGGCACCACUGUCUGCAGAGUCCGUGAGAGAACCAUCAACACCGAAACCAACCGGUACAGGUUCCGAAGAGGGAACACCCAUCCCUUGGUCACCAUCCCCAGAGCACCACAUCCGACCAGCGACGCCAGUGAACGAUGUCGAAACAAAGGAUAGAACACCAGGAUUGGAGCCAUCGCCAGAAAAUAACUCGUCCCCUAAACCGGCGAUAACUCCAGACCUACCAAGUCGAGCGCUGCCAGAACGACUUUCCUCUCAGAAACGCCCCGAACACCGUCCAUCAUCCCCACUAGUGUUCAAAGUCAAGGCUCGCGUUCCCUUUUUGCCAGAGUUCCCUCCAAGCAGUAGCGUUGCGUCCGAGGGCGGAUUGGAAUUUGAAGUCCCCAAGGCCGUCACCGACGUUCUUCCUCCAGUCAACAAAGGAGCCUUGCCUGUUCUCCCUGUUCAUCCGGAGCAGACUCCUCCAUCAGCCCAAAUCAUCCCGGCCAGCUACCUUGCUCGCACCACGCCGUCGAGGCCACCACCGGAAAAGCGUCGAAGGCUCAUGAAAUCUGCCACCACUAUAUAUAGCGAUUACAGGUCGACUGCUGAGCCCGAACGUUCCUCGGCUGCGUUCCCACGAGCGGAAACAGAAGACCCCUCGACGACCAGGUUGUCCGAGCAUAUUGCUGACUCCCAACAACCCCCUGAAGAGCAGUCUGCCGAUACUAGUAGUCAUUCACUAAAAACUGCGGAGCAAGCCACUCAACAUCUGGCGAGUUCUGACGAGAAGAUCCCACCGAACGGGCCGCCAUCUCAAGUUCCUUACACUGCCUACAAAGUGGCAUAUCCAGAUUACAAGGGCACCCUCAAUGACUUUGUGCGGGCAGUUCUGUGUGUCCACGAUCUUCGGAAACGAAGUGCUAUCAUGGAGUUCCUAUACGACGACUUUGUCCGCUACUAUUGCGAUGAUUAUCUGCAGUACAUACGCGAACAAGUUGAUGGCAAUGUCCCAGUCCGUACUGCUAUCGAGUUGUACAAUGACCAGGUUUCCAGACCUCACUACCAAAAGGGAGUCCUGACUAAAGAAAACAUUAAUGAUGUUCUCGACAAGUAUCCGGAGAUGGUACGGUCGGUUAACGAAACAAUCGGGUCUACCGCACCAGUCAUAGAGGAAAACGGAGAUUCAACCAGGCCCAAGGUGCCUAUUCCAUCGCCUUCAACGACGAACCAUCUACCAAAGCCACGGUUGGUUUCAAAGUCGAUCACGAAAGCUCUGGUCGGAACCCCUGAAACCGAACUUGCUUCGGAUCCCAUUCAUCCUCCAUCCUCGAUACCAAAGAAGAGGAUUCGGCCGGUUAUCCAGACCAUAGAUCGUUCGGUGCCGCGUCGACUAUCCAACAGGCCUCUAGAACUCGAGCCUCCUAUUGAGGAAGAGCCAAUACCGGGUUCAGAUGGUGCGCCCAUCGAGAUAGGCUCGGCGUCUUCAUCGCCAUCACCAUCUCCCUCGCCGCCUCCUGUACUUCCACAAGCACCUAGUCGUUCACAAGGAGGUCCUACUUCCUCAGCCACAAAAGUCACUGGACCACAAAAACAAACCGGUGUCAGCUCACCUCCACGAGAGGCAUCAGCGGCCUUUAAAAGGCCACGGUUGGAGACUAGCCCACCACCACCUCCAUCAUCCUCGGCGAAGAUCACGACGCAAUUGGCCUCUAUCAGUCCACCGCCUCCUCGUCGAGCCUCAAAAGUCGACGUCAGCUCCCCGGGUCAUCCCAUUACCCAUCAACCACCACACCAAGGAGAAGACAUGCAUCCCGAUUCCCAAAUCGUACCAGGGACUCCCGCCCCAAUACGAGCACCAGCACCACCCCUACCUCCAACCACCGCACCAAGCCCUUCCCGCCCCGGGCCUCUAAUCACCCAAAUCCCCGCCAACACCACUAACCUCCCCCUCCUCAGCCAGCUCAGCAACGCAGAUAGCAUCCCCGACCCCUCGGCCCCCUCAGCCCCCUCAGUCCCCUCCUCCACAACCCGCUCAAAGCUCCUAUCUAGCACCGCCACCACCCACAAUAAGAAACUCCCCCCUCCCUCCCACCCCGCUCUCAAUCUCAAUCCCCUAUCAACCCAAAUCAGCAACGCAGAUAGCAUCCCCGAGCCCAGCCUGCCACCGCGUCUUCAGCGUCAGCAGCGAAAAUCAAGCAGCUCGGCCUUGUUGACAUCUUCGAACCUCUCCCGACUAGCGCACAUUACCAGUAGCAGCAAAAGGUUUCUGCAGCAGAAGAAGCAAGCAGCGGGAGCAGGGGGGGCUCCAUCUAGUUCUGCAUCGAAGGGAUCAGGGUCGGUAGUGGUGUCUAGUAGUGCUGCCACUGGGGUUGUUGGAUCAGGGGGGAUUAUCAAGGUCAAGGGUCACGAUAAGGGGAAGGGGAAGGGGAAGGGGAAGGCGACGGCGAAAGAUACAGGCAGGGAUUUGAGGUCAGAGUAUUUUGUUAAUUUUGUGAGGGAGAAGAAGAUGAGGGAGAUGCGGGAGGCGACGGAGAAGGCGGAGGAGGCGGAGAAGGCUGCUGCUGCUACUAGCUCGAGUCAUCCGAUUCCGGGGAGUAGUAGUAAUGCGCAGCAAGCUGGUUAAGGAUUGUUGAUGAUGGGUUGGUUUGGUUAUUGUUGUUGGAUUAUGGUAUGUAUAUAUGGAUCGUUGUU